AUGUCGAGUCAAGUUAAAGAGUUGGUAUCGAAAUGUUCAGUGUGCAACACGUAUCAACCGAAACAGUGCAAAGAACCACUUCUAUCUCAUGACUCACCUGCUUUGCCAUGGUCUAAGGUGGGAGUUGAUUUAUUUAUAUAUGAAAACAGAAAUUACGUGAUAACAGUUGACUAUUUUUCUAACUUUUUUGAAGUAGAUUAUUUAACGAGUGCUACUACGACGGCAGUUGUUAAGAAGUUGAAGGAGCAAUUCAGUCGUCACGGGAUUCCAGAGACAGUGUUUACCGAUAACGGUCCUCAGUUUGUUUGCAAAGAGUUCAGGGAGUUUUCAAAUGAGUGGGAGUUUAAGCAUUUAACGUCAUCUCCUCGGUAUCCCCAAUCCAAUGGAAAGGUCGAAAAUUCAGUGAAAACCUGUAAGUUAUUGAUGAAGAGCGUUUUUGUCGAAAGCUGAUGUUCACCUGGCAUUGUUGGAGUUUAGGAAUACACCCAGUGAACGGGAUGGUGUCAGUCCGUCACAAAAAUUGUUUUCGAUAAGAACUAGGACUUGCCUUCCAACGACAAAAGAUCUGUUGAAACCUCGUGUCAUUGAUGCUGAGAAAGUUGUAACUGGCGCUGAACAAGCGAAAGAGAAGCAGAAAGAAAAUUACGAUGUGAAAGCUCGUGUUUUAGUACCUCUGGAAGCAGGGGAAAUUGUUCGCAUGAGAUUGCCAAAAGAGCAGAAAUGGUCUCUUGGAACCUGUAUUAAGCAAGUCGGUCCUCGAAAUCGGCGUCAUAUUAGGAAAACCGCGGAAAAGUUUCGAGAUUCGGGGAGACCCUCGGAUAGUGCAGAGUGCCAGACAUUUUGUAAGCCAAUCGUCUCUACUAGUAAUUCAAUGACUGGCCCGGAAAACCCAGUAUUAUUAAGGAGAUCAACCAGAGACAGAAAACCACCGGACAGGUAUCAAGCAUAA